AUGUCCUCAGCAGCAACUAUUGAAAGUCCAUCAAAAUCGUCAACGACGAACAUACGCUAUCAUAAUAACGGCAUAGAGAAUGAUUCAAGCACGACGCAUUCGAAUGGUAAUGGAGUAACUGCAGUUGUUGUCACGAAUCCUUUAGCAUCAUCGUCAUUCUCGUCGACAACAUCUCGAUAUCAAUCAUCCGUCAUGAACAAAUACAAAAACUUAGCAGCACCAGACCUAACUCAUCCAUUAACAAGUCUAAAACAGAUGAGCCAUGUUCUUACAACUAGUAACGGAACGAAUUCUGCACUCGAUCCCCAUGCUUAUCUUGCAUCGAAAUACCGUCGUGCUGAUCCAUAUCUUCGAUCGACAACAUCGACGCCUAAUUCGACACCAACAAAAACGGCAGCUUCUGCCUCCAAUGAAUCAACAGCAGUCGAUGGUCCUCCACCCAUCGCUCCUCCUCCUCCCCCUCCCCCUCCUCUUCCUGCAACACAACCACCAUUACCAACACAAUCAGCUCCCCCUUCGUCGUCUUCAUCAGCAUCAAGUAUCAAAGGUCCAUCAACUCGUCUGGCACUAGACGAUCUUCAUCAAUCUCCUAUUCUCCAUAGUACGACAACGCACAGUCACACGUCAAAUGGUGAUUAUCGUUCAACAUUGUAUCCAACCAUAGUUAAUAAUCCCACGUCAACACCAAUACCAUCUCCACCACACGGCUAUGGAUCAUCGACGAGUAAUUCGACAAUAUCGAAACUGAUGCGCCCUAGACAAGAAUCGGAAACAAGUUCAGCCAGCAAAGAUCAACAAGUAGCGCCAAAAAUUCGCGAAAUCAAUUCGAAUGUCGGCUUUGUAUCAUUGCCCGAUCAAGUUCAUCGACGGGCAGUUAAAAAAGGAUUCGAAUUCAAUCUAAUGGUUGUUGGUCAAUCUGGACUGGGUAAAUCGACGUUCAUUAACACUUUAUUUCAAACUGAACUCUAUGGUCAGGACUUUCCUUCGACCAUUCAUCGGAAAAAGAAAACGGUCUCGAUUGACUCUUCAUCUAUAAUUUUAAAAGAAAAAGGGGUUCAGUUACGUUUAACAAUUGUCGAUACUCCGGGCUUUGGUGAUGCCGUCGAUAAUUCAAAUUGUUGGCAACCAAUCAUCGACUACAUCGAUUCGAAAUAUGAAGAGUAUCUCAAUGCAGAGUCACGAGUUAUUCGUAAAUCUCAUAUAACAGAUAAUCGUGUUCAUUGCUGCCUUUACUUCAUUCAACCAACUGGCCAUAGUCUUCAACCACUGGACAUUGAAUUUAUGAAACGUCUUCAUGAUCGAGUGAACAUCAUACCUGUUAUUGCCAAAGCGGAUACAUUAACAUCGGAUGAAUUACGUCUAUUCAAGAGAUCAAUUAUGCAAGACAUAAGUAACGAGAAAAUGAAAUUAUAUGAAUUUCCUGAAUGUGAUGACGAUGACGAGAACAAAUUGACGAAGAUUUAUAAAGAUAAAGUCCCUUUUGCAGUCGUUGGAAGUAACUUCAUUUUGGAGAAAGGAAGUAAACGUACACGUGUGCGACAAUAUGCUUGGGGAGUUGUUGAUGUUGAAGAUGAAGUUCACAGUGAUUUCAUUGCUCUACGGAGUAUGCUGAUUCGAACGAAUUUGAACGAUCUACGUGAUGUGACGCAUAACAUUCAUUAUGAAAACUAUCGCUAUAAAAAGUUAAGUGCUUUCAACGGAAAUGAUACAAAAACCGGCAAAGCGUUGCAACCAGCAUCAGUUAACAAGAACUUUUUCUCGCAAUUAGAAGAUGAACGUAGUGAAACAGAAAGUCGUUUGGAGAAGAUGUCUCGUGAUAUGGAAGCUGUUUAUCAAUCGAAAGUGACGGAAAAGUUGCAGAAACUUGAGGAGAGCAAACAGAAUGUGUUCAAAACUCAGGAAACUUAUCGAUUGAGUAUCCAGCAAGAAGAAGAACGUUUACAAUCGAAACGUGACGAAUUCGAACGUAGUAAACGUGAAUGGGAGGAAAGUUUGACAAAAACUGGUUUUGCUGAUCAUAUCGGUUCGCUAACAAAAACGGCAAAGAAGGGUCUCUUUUAA